AUGACUAUGUUGAACACCCUUUUAGCUCUUACGAACUUUCGAUCUCCCUUCCUUCGUACACUGGUUCCCAGUAUUGGACUCGCCUAUGCUAUCCAGGCUGGUGUCGCAGCUCCUAGUAUCGUCUUCCAGUCUGAACGAUUCUACGAUCUAAGUGGAUCAUUGACAUAUCUGUCAUGCACGGCACUUUCUCUUUACUUGCCUACGCUGAGAGCUAGAGCUGCAGCAGCGACUGUCUCUGCUGGUACUGCAGCUCUCCCUGGAUUCCCUAGCUUGUUGGCCAGUCUAGCCAGCAAGGGAGGUGUUCAGGCCUGGAACUGGAGACAGGUAGUCCUCAGUGCUGCUGUAGCCAUCUGGGCCACGAGACUCGGAUCCUUCCUCUUCUCCCGCAUCAGCUCAGAAGAUGGCCGCGACUCCCGCUUCGACGAGAUCAGGACCUCUCCUCCCAAGUUCCUCGGAGCCUUCUUCGCCCAAGCAACCUGGGUCUCUCUCUGCCUCCUCCCCGUUCUCGCUCUCAACUCGGUACCCGCAACAACUCUCUCCGCCCUUCCCUUCCUGACCCUCACCGACGUCAUUGGUGUACUCCUCUACGUUGGCGGUCUCGGAUUCGAAGCCACAGCCGACAAGCAAAAGAGCCAGUGGAUGGAAGAGAAAAAGAAUAAGAAGCACAAUGAAGAUUUCCUGACCAGAGGCCUGUGGUCCAAGAGUAGACACCCCAACUACUUUGGCGAAAGCACCCUUUGGACUGGUAUCGCUACCGUUGCUGCCGGUGUUUUGGUUAGCAAUGUCGGUCAGUCUGGUAUGGGAUUCAGCGGCAGUCUUGGUGCCAGGCUUGGUGCUUUGGCUAUGGCUGGUGUCAGCCCUGCCUUUGUUACUUUCCUGUUGUUCAAGGUAAGUUCCGAAGACGACGACAAUGGUAAGCUCCCAUGUGCUUACAUCUCAACCAGGNUUUCGGGUAUUCCUCUCAGCGAGAACAAGUACGACAAGCGCUACGGUGACCGCAAGGACUACCAGGAGUGGAAGAAGGUAAGGCGUCAUUUACAACGACAGCAAGACCCGCUGCUAACCAUAGACNAGAACACACCCAUGUUCUUCCCCAAGCUUUGA